CACUUGAAGCUGUGUGUGCCACUGCUUAGGGACCGGGUAGUUAUUAGUAAGGGGUCUAUUUGUUUUAAUUGUGUACAAUCGAAAAGACAUGACUGACAUUGACAUAAACGGGAGCGCCCCUUCCCUAACAGCGCAAUCAACAACAACCCAGACAAGCAAUCCUCUCUCCAGGAAACUUAACAAGAUCUUGGAAACUCGUCUGGAUAAUGAUAAGGAAAUGUUAGAAGCACUUAAAGCUCUCUCUACUUUCUUUAAUGAGAACAGUUUGAGAAGCAGAAGGAACCUACGUGGGGAUAUUGAACGGCGCAGCUUGUCCAUAAAUGAAGAGUUUGUGACUAUAUUCAAAAAUGUUAAAGAGGAACUUGAAAGUGUAAAUGAAGAUGUGCAGGCCAUGAGCAAAUGCUGCCAGGACAUGACCAACCGUUUAAAGGCAUCAAAGGAACAGACACAUGAUUUGAUUGUGAAAACAACAAAACUUCAAGGAGAAAAUCAGCGGUUGGAGAUUCGGGCUCAGGUUGCAGAUGCUUUUUUGGCAAAGUUCCAGCUUACAUCCGAUGAAAUGAAUGUUCUCCGAGGCAGUCGAGAAGGACCCUUAACAGCGGAAUUUUUCAAAGUAUUGGAAAGAGUUAAACAAAUCCACAAUGAUGUAAAGCUACUUCUGCGAACAAACCAACAAACAGCAGGGCUUGAAAUAAUGGAGCAGAUGGCUUUACUUCAAGAAACCUCAUAUGAGCGUCUUUACCGAUGGACACAAAAUGAAUGCAGAACACUAACUCAAGAGUCUUGUGACAUUUCUCCAAUUCUGUCCCAAGCUAUGGCUGCUCUGCAGGAUAGACCAGUGUUAUACAAAUACACCCUGGAUGAAUUUGGAACAGCAAGGAGGAGUGCCGUGGUCCGUGGUUUUAUUGAUGCACUAACCAGAGGAGGCCCAGGGGGUACCCCUCGUCCUAUUGAAAUGCAUUCCCAUGAUCCUUUGAGGUAUGUUGGAGAUAUGUUAGCCUGGCUGCAUCAAGCAACUGCGUCAGAGAAAGAGCACUUGGAAUCACUGUUAAAACUUGUUAAUAUUCAAGGGGUCGAAGAAAAUAUCCAUGAAGUCGUUGGCCAUAUCACUGAGGGUGUCUGUCGGCCAUUGAAGGUUCGUAUUGAGCAAGUUAUCAUUGCAGAACCAGGUGCUGUUUUACUGUACAAGAUUUCAAAUCUGCUGAAAUUUUAUCACCACACAAUCAGUGCCAUUGUUGGUAACAGUGCGUCAACUUUACUGACUACAAUUGAAGAAAUGCAUUUGUUAAGCAAAAAAAUAUUCUUUAAUAGCCUAAAUCUACAUGCAAGUAAACUCAUGGACAAGGUUGAACUUCCUCCUCCAGAUCUUGGACCAAGUUCUGCACUGAAUCAAACACUUACGUUACUGCGUGAGGUUCUGGUUUCCCAUGAUUCCUCUGUUGUUCCUCUAGAUACUCGUCAAGCUGACUUUGUUCAGGUUUUAUCCUGUGUCCUGGAUCCGUUGUUACAGAUGUGCACUGUAUCCGCCAGUAAUUUAGGCACCGCUGACAUGGCAACCUACAUGGUCAAUUCCCUUUACAUGAUGAAAACAACACUUGCUUUGUUUGAGUUUACAGACAAGCGUCUGGAGAUGCUACAGUUCCAGGUUGAAGCUCAUAUGGAUACUCUUAUCAAUGAACAAGCUUCUUACGUGUUAACAAGAGUCGGUUUAAGUCAAAUAUACAGCUGUGUACAGCAGCAUAAACCGGAACAUGGGCCAUUGGCAAAUUUACCCAACAUGGAUUCAGUAUCACUGAAGGCUGCAAUGGUGCAGUUUGACCGUUACUUGGCUGCUUCUGACAACCUGCUGAUGCCACAGCUUAAUUUCUUUUUAAGUGCAACUGUAAAAGAACACAUUAUCAAACAGUCCAUGGAGCUAGUGUGCAGAGCGUAUAAUGAACUCUAUGAGGCUGUUAUGGAUCCAGUCAAUGGUUAUAAGGAUCCCACAAGUAUACUUCACAGGUCUCCCCAACAAGUUCAAACUCUGUUAUCGUAAACAUUUAUUUGAAGUUCGUAAAUAAAUGGGGGUUUUUUAAUUAAUAUAAUUAUACUUGUAAUACUGUCUCUAUUUGAUAUAACUCUCAUAGAAGAUUUUAAUAUAUGCAAGAAUGAUAUGUGGCUCUUUCAUUACAGUGCUUUGCAAACACAAAUACUAGAUAAAAUAAGAAUAACAAAUAUUUCAGACUAAUUCACGGAGGUGCUGGUUACCUGCAGGAUGUGUCGCACUUGAAAAAAAAGUAUAUGUUCUGUACUCUUUACAUCAACCACCUUCAACAACUCUCUUACACACCUUACAAAAAGAGUUUAAAUACAUCUUUGGGAGUGCAGCCAAUGAGACCAAAUAGUUACUCAAAACAGAUGGUAUUGACACACAUCCACUUUCCAAUAAACAAAACAUUUUUAUAUGCUGCGAAAUUUGCCUGCAAAAAUUGGGAUCUUAGUCACACAAUAUGGCCAUAUUCUGCUUAGCCAGUAAUCAAACUCAAAAGGUGUCCCAAUGUUGACUGGUCCUAACACUACAGUACUUUGCCUUUAUGGGCUGAAUCAUUCCCGCUUUUUCUCUUUAUCAUAGAAUCAGACUCCCUGGCUUUAUAUAUAUAUAUCUCCAAUAAACUGUCAUGAGUACCCCUGAGCUUGGGUAGGGUGCUUUAACCAAUGGAAAAUGGUUUGCCUCCCUUACAUGUAAGCAUUUGAUGUGUAGAGUGCAGUAGCUAUAAUUUUUUUUAUUAUGUACUAGUCGGUACAAAACCUUGCUAUUAUCAGAAUUUUUUAUUUUUUUUUAAUCACUAACUCGUUCUUCAUAUGUAGAACCUUCACUAUUAUAACACCGGAUAAGUAUAAAUUCAUUCUAUUCUUGUGUUAACUAUUGGCUUUUAUAACAGUAAAACAGUAAAAUAUACUAUGUACAGUUAUUAAUAAAAAAAAAUCCCAAACAAAUGGUUUUUGUAUGUAGUUUUCCUAGGCUAGUGGUUCCUCAGGGGUGAAUGGAUUUUUUAUUGGGAGGUCAAAAAUAAAAUUUUGAUCAAUAGGUGAUUUAUGAAAAGGGGAUUGGAAGUACUGGAUAUGUAUAGUUCCCUUCUGCCUCCAUUGACAAUUGUAUUUCUUACUUGUGACUGCUUUAUUAGAGCACCUCAAUAAUUCUUCAGCUGUUUCUACAUGAAUCUUUACUACGCUAGACCCCCCCAUCUCUCUCAGACCCCAAUACUUUACUCUCUUCUAAUCACACCCACCUGCUUUGUCAGACCAUUUCUCUAUUAGCCAGUUCACCUUGCUCAAUUCAUAUUGCUUUAUUUUAACAACAUGUCUGAUGUUCCUUUCCCCUCCUCCUUAGAUUCAUUUAUUACUUUAGAUUUAAAAAAAACCAUUUAAAAUAUUUUGACUUGUUUUUCUUCAUUUCAAGUAUACAUUUUGUAUUUUGAUAAUGACAAUAAAAAGUUGAAAGCCUGAUGAUAA